CUUCUUCUUCCCCCCUUUCCCACAUAGCUGUGUAGGGGUUCUAUCGCAUCUCCGACUCUUCUCGGCAUCUUCAUUUGUUCGCCUGUGAAUUCCGUCGCGCUUCUCAAUCAGCUUCCUCGCCGAUCCACUGCGACCUCCGGUUCCCUUCGCAGCCCUAGCGCCAAGUAAGUCUAUUGAAUUCUGCCCACGCCGUUCUCGACUGCUCAAUCAAAUCCUUUUUCUUUUAUCUAGUUCUUGUUUAGAUUUAGGGUUACACUCGAUGAUGUUUUCAGAUUUUGUUUUGUGGAUGCGAUGUCCGGGAACGGAAGAUUACUGUCUGUGAUUCAGUUGUCGUUUGUUGAUUGAAUCGACUGGUACUUGUUGAAUUGUUCGAAUCGUGAUUGGAUCUUUGUUUGAACGUAUUUAUCCCCUAGUGUUUUAGGUGUCUGAAUUACUAAAAUCGAAAAGGGUAUGGGAACUUUGCGGCUAAAUUUUGCAUUUGGAGCCUUUCUAGCCCCUUUCGGGUCAGACGGGUGUUUGAAAUGGAUGGUGAUUCCACUUGCCUUGAUGGGAAUUGGGAAGAGAUGUGCUGCAGAUUAUGCCAUUGAGCAAAAUGUGUUUCUUUAGGAUCAGCGAUUAUUAUAUUUUUUGAUGCUCAGCGCGACUUAGAUGAGAGAAAAUUGCAGAGAUUAGGGCAGCCAGUUUGCCUGUGUAUGCAAUGGCUGCACAGUAGUGCCCGUUUCCUGUUUGGCGACUGCCCUGAAUGGUUGAAGCAGAAUCACCUUUCAGACCAAGGGAGAAGCUUCUUGAGAAGCAGAGGUAUUUCCAGAACAUCCACAAGCAUACUUACUUGAAAGGCCCUUUUGACAAGGUCACCUCUGUUGCUAUCCCCAUAGCAUUGGCCGCCAGCUCUCUGUUUCUUAUUGGACGCGGAAUCUACAACAUGUCUCAUGGGAUCGGAAAGAAAGAAUGAAGAGGCAGUGUGUUCUUUUCUCAUCCUUGAGGACAACUAUUUUACUUUUGGCAUGUCAACACAGACUGCUGGCUUUUGAAUUUCUUGUUUAGUACCGCCUCGCUUAAUAAUUACAGUAAUGUAGCUACUACCACCCUUCCAGAAGUUGAAAGCUCUUCUCUCUUGAUGGCAUUGUUUGCCCAAAAAUUUCUUCUCUUGAUGCCAUUAUUUUCUUUUGGAUCAUAUAAAGGUGCUAUCUUUUUGCUUGCCCUCUUCGGUUACUACUUGUAAGUUUCAGUGCUCUACGCUAGUGACGGUGUUGGUGCUUCAGUUGGUAUCUUGGCUCUUGUGAUCUAUUGGCUUUGUUUUUAGGUUGUGCUUCGCCGACUGUUUGUUGAUGGAAACAAUUCAUUGAUAUAG